GAUCGCCCGCCAAUGGCACUCCAGCUGAUGCCGCGCAGCUCGACCAGGAAGGCGACGACUCCAACCUGAUGGCGCUUCUCAGCAACAUGGACAACAAGCUCUCGACCGUCUGCACCCGCGAGGACAUGCAGCAGCUGCAGCAUCGACUCGACUCGCACGACGAGCAUUUCACCGCGCUGGAGACUCGCAUCGCGUCGAUCGAAAUUGGCACCUCCGAGAAGAUCACCGCUGCAGUGGAAGCAGCCAUUCUCACAAAGCUCGAGGCCCGCUUGCAAGCCUGUGAACAAGCAGCUUCGACAGCAGCAUCGCGCGCUCGCUCCAGCCCUUCCUCCGUCAACUCGUUCUCCACCGCGGGCAGCCUCAAGCGACGUGCAGUUGGCAGCGAUCACCCGUCCCCGAUGACCGCCAGCCAGGAUGCAGACAAAUGCCGCGUCUGGUUCGGUGGCUUCCCUCGCCGUGUUCUUGGCUCCGUCAUGCAAGCCCAUGCCAAACUCGCCCUUUCUCGGCUACCACCCGCCUAUUCCGUGGGGGCCGAGGUCUCCGCCAAGAACAUGCAGAUGCGCUACUCCAUCCGCUUCGCGUCGUCCGAGAUCGCCAGCGACACCGUCCAGCAGAUGAAAAACAACGGCGUUGAAUGGAUCGACCCGCGCACCAAGAUCGCCGUUCCCAUGAGAUGCCGCCUCGACGCCAGUGCUGAAGUUCGCGCUCGCCACAAAGCCCUCGGUCGUCUCUGGCAAGCCCUCAUUACCCACAUGAAGGACAACAACCUUUGGAAAGAAGGCUACCGUCUCGGGCGCGACGGCCCGCGGGGCAUCCUUUUCAUCCUCUUCGCCCAGGACGACGUCGAGGUGCUCGCGUCGCUCGUGGACGUCGGCGAAGACUCCUACAGCUUCGAGCUGAAGUACGAGGGCCUCCAGACCUUUGGGAUCGAUCGGGUCGCCGCCGACAAGGUCGCCGCCUCCGCUCUCG